AUUAAGCUGGAAAAAGUAGAGCAGUUACAACUUUUUGAUCGAAGAAGCAAGGUAAAACAGUCAAUUUGACACAUUUCAUCUUCUCCGAAAUGGAAAAUCAAAACACUAGCCCGACUUCUUCUCGUGAAUCAAUAACACAAACAUGCUUCCCUCAACGUUAUUUCGUAACCCUUAUGAUUUUAUUCAUGACAAUAAACUGCUACACAAACCGAAACCUCGUCGGCAAUACUUUGAAAUAUUUUGCCGAAAUAAAACCAAAAAUUAACAGGACUAAGGACAGAAACCAGUGUGUGGACCUACACCAAGAAGUCCAAACACACACUGAACAAAACUUUACAAAAAUCUUCGAAAUAGACAGCGACACCAGCGAAGACAUCCUAAACCUCUUCUACAUCAGCUAUACGAUUACACACUUUCCUGCUGGUAUUUACGCCGAUACUCGCAGCCCCAAACACCUGCUCUCACUUGUAACAAUCGCAAUGUCCGUUAUUAACCUUUCAAGUCCCACACUUAUUAAAGCAACGAAAGGCAACCACAAUGUAAUGAGAGUUGUGACUAUACUUUUGGGCCUUUUGCAAGGUGCUCUUUACCCCGCAUCAACUAGUAUGCUCGCCCAUUGGGUCCCCUCACGAGAGCGAGCCUCUCUAUUGUCGCUAACACUGGCAGGAUAUUUUUUGGCGCUAAUUGUGCAAAAAAGUGGAACUAAUUUUUUCGUAAAAUCGUGCGGGAAUUGGACCAUGCCGUUUUAUGUUUUCGGGAGCUUUGGGCUGAUUUGGACAGUGGUCUGGGAGUGUUUGGUGUUUCCAGAUCCUCAUAAGGAUCCAAGGAUUACGGAGGGAGAGAGGAACUACUUGGAUCAGGAGAUGCGCGACACUGUUGACCACAAACCCAAAAAAAUCCCCUACAUUGCAAUGUUCACUUCUCUUCAAGUUUGGAUGUUGAUACUCAUCCACGCUGCCAAUCGUUGGAGCUGGUAUUUCAGCGGUUACAUGAUUCCAGCAUACACAAAAGACGUUCUCAAGUACGGAAGUGACCAAACUAUUUUACUGUCCACUCUCCCCUAUAUCCCAAUGACGGUCUUGAUCAUCAGUUUGGGUUAUUUCUCCGACUGGAUCACUCGAAACGGUUACGUUUAUGUUUUAACAAUGCGGAAACUCCUCUCUAGUAUUGGCAUGAUGGGGCCGCCCAUUUACAUGCUAACCGGAUCAUACGCCGGUUGUAACCGCAUAGGUGCGGUGAGUAUUUUCGUCAUAGGAAUGUCACAAUACGCUUUUGCUUUUCUGGGGCUUUAUUUACUUCCCUUGGACUUGUCACCUAACUAUGCCGGGUGUUUGACGAGUCUUACUAAUGGGUUUGGGAACUUUGUCACGAUUUUUUUCCCGUAUGUUACAGCACUAGUAGCCCCUGAUAGAACGAUUCGGCAGUACAGAAAUCUCUUUUGGAUGUCGUUGGUCAUGGCUGGGGUCUCAAAUUUGUUGUAUGUGAUUUUUGGCAGUAGUGAAGUACAGCCUUGGAACAGACUAUUAGUGGGAAGAAACUGAAGUGCCGUAAUAGCGUUAUCUCCAGGUCUAAGUCUAGUCAGAGAGUCUUUGUUAGGUUUUAUUGUAUAUUAUUAUUCAUUUUAGAAAAUUUUUUAAGACUGUUAACCGUUGAUAAAGAAAUAAAAAUG